AUAAAAGUGACAGAACACAAGUGGUGCUUUAUCCACUCUGAGCAAGAGGAAACCUUAAGCCACAGCUAAAGCAGCUUUACCUCCACUUUCCCUCCAUUUUGACCCAUACCCGGCAGACGCGUGCACAUGGCAGCAUCAGCCUCACAGCAAGCAGACCGACCCGCCAAAAUGCUGGCCUUGGCUUUACUCCUCACUGCCACAAUCAUGAAUGCAGGAGUCAGAGCCCAAGAUGAGAACAUCAUUACAGAUGCAAUGCCAACCAUGCAUGCAGAAGACUACAUACGAGGAGACAUGAUUCCGGUUGUGACUCCUUCUGACAGCGGCAAUGAAAAACUCACAGUUUUGUUUGACUUCAACAAGCCUGCUGAGCAAACUACACUUGCACCAACUACAGAACAGACAACUGACGAAGAGGAAACGACUGGGGCCGAAGGUGAAGCAGCUGAUGAGGGCCAGGUCACAGUGGACGUGUAUCCUGAUCAACCCAAAGUCGAGGAGCAACAGACCCCCGCACCUCUACCUGGGAGAGGAGACGGCCCGGCCAACAUUCCCGGGGGCGAUGUAGUGUGCGUUGGCAAAGAGGCGGUCCAUGAUAAAAAUGCAGUCAAUCUGAAACUCGCCCACUCUUCCAACUGUGAAAACACCAAAGUGAGGAUUCAGAGCGUCCUCGAGGAGUUGUGUGGUGAAGACUGCAAGCUAGAGCUCUACCAGGAAGACAACACAGACCAGAUCCUUGUAUCUGGACAGUAUGUUGAAGAUGAUAUUAAAGGCAUGGUCAACAAGUUUAACAACGACAACAUCAAAGAUAAGGCCGGUGUGAAGGAGGCAGUUCCUCACUGGAGGAAGAACUCUAAACUGGUGCUGGUUUCCCUGCUGCUGACUGGCUUGCUGCUGGCUGCUCUGCUGGUGGCUGGUUAUUACUUUAAGACCCACCACAAGAAUUCCAAAGGAGUCCGGCUGGCUGAGUCCUACCAGGUGGAUGAGGAGAACCAGGCCAACACCCUGGUGUCUGUUGCCCCCUUGCCCCAGGAGCCCCUUGACAAGGUCACCGCCAACGGAGAAUCUCCACCAGAAAAUGGAACCAACCCUUCCCCGACCACUAAUGGGCACUCUUCCGCCGCCCAGACCCCAGUGGCCGACACAGAGAUGUGAAUCUUGACACCCUCCCCCGACCUUAAACCAUCAACCACUGGUUAAUACUACCCACAGUCCCCAACUGCUGCCUUGAAAGGUUUCCACACUUUGGAGAGACAAACUGAGCAAAAUCAACUGACUUCCUUACCUGAUAUCACCCCCCACCUCCCCUAACUCUACCACCCAGGAUGAAUGUGUCAGUGAGGUUCAUAAUAACAAUAACAACAAUGCCUGUAAUGUGAAAAGUUUGGGUGGCUUUCCAAGAGGAGCCUGCGUACAAUGUAUUUGGGACUAAAACUGCUCAGCAAGGUGCUGACUGGGAUUUGUCAGCACUCCCUUCCUUUAGGCUUGAAGUAAUAGAAAUUGUCACUCAGUAAUGUGCUGUUGAUCCUUUAAAUGAUUUUUUUAUGUCACACCAAGGAAGGAGACCGGGUUUUAUAUUCUUGUAAAAACUCAUUGUUUGUUUUUGUGUAUUGUUGUGCUUUUGAAAUUUAUUUUUUUUCACCCCCCCAAUGUGUCCAAAAGCUCAUAAAAACUGUUAAACGUACAAUUGCCAGUGUAGCGGGGAAUUAAUGGGAUGCAAUGAUCUUUACCAACUGAAGCUUGAACAAAAUCUAGUCAAAUUUAACAGGGGUAUCAGCCCAAACAUUCAUUACAGAACCCAGAGCUCUGUUCCAAUGUUAUCAUCAUGAAGCAUUUGAGAUUUAAUCCAGAAAGUGUUAAGACUAAGAUAUUCUUUACAAAAGACUAUGUAUCACUUUGUGUUGCAAACUUCAGCCAAAUCUUAGUCAGAAAAAGUAUGUUUGACCUUUUUGUGUUUACAUGUUGACUUUUCAUAUGACAUGAGUGUACAGCUUUUUUUUUUUUUUUAAACAGACACUGAUUGCCUUUUUUUCCACUGACAUUGCAUCAACAUUUUUUUUAUUGGUAAUAAAGUACAAAAGCACAAAAAAAGAGGUCAGUGCUUCGCUUACCAGGCCUCACUCAUGUCAACCACCGGGUCUUACAGUCUGUCAAUCCCAGUACUUGCUGUAGCACUCUAAGAAAGAAGGGAAACACAAGAAAUCAAACCAUGUCAAAUGUGUACUGUUGUGUGGACGUCUUGUAAAAUAAGUGCAAUAUGUUAACCAUACAUAUGAAGUCUAAUAUGUCUACACUGUCUUCCUAUGCAGGCAUUAUUCCCAAGUACAUUUUAAUAUUCCAAAAACACCAAUGUCAAGUAAGGAAAUAACCUUUGGAGUAUCACUAAAUGUAAAUAUAGGAAAAGUACAAAAUUCUAUUCCAGUAAAUUCAUUGCACACGAGGACAGUUUACUAUGAUCGCAGAGCAUUUAAAACGUUUUACAUGCACACAACACAUUUAAAGCACUGCAGGACAUCUAAAAUGUCCACAAUCAAAUGACCUCUAAUAAUAAAAAUACGCAACAUACUCCGAAUUACGAAAACUUGAACGUUAAAGUUAAGUCGACAUCGUUCAAACAAAA